AUGGAUUGUUCGCGUUGCAUCGCAAUCCUCCACACCAUCUACGGCAUCUACCACCUAUGCCGCUCUCCAGUCACCAGACCCCCUGCCUCACAAGCCAGCUAUAUGCUCUUUGCAUCGACACUAGAUCUUGGGCUGGUACCGUUCUAUGGCUUCGCUGCGUACAUGGGCUCCAUGGAGUAUAACUCGAGUACCUACAGCUGGCAGACACUUCUAAGCACUGACGUCGAUGUUAUCAUGACAAUUGCAAAGGCAACCUUCUUCCUUAGUGUUAUCAACGGAGGCCUCCACUUGAUCUCGCUUGGUAUCUCCGCUUGGCUCUGCAACAUCUUCCGCCAGAUCGCGCAGCUCCCUCCUGACCUCAACCCCUUGGAAGACAACUUGACGGCGCGCCCGCACAAGCGCACCAAAUCAGAGAUAGCCGAGAAGCAUGCUAGCAGCUCUACUCUAGACUCAACCAUGUCAGCCGCGCAACCAUUGAUCGGCGCUCCUCGGACGAUUCCGUUCACACACACCAGAGCCAAGUCCUCAAUUUCAGAGGACAACUCACUGCGCGUCCCGGUUGACAUGACCAAGAUGAGAGGAGGCUCGCAGUCUUCCAUACCGCAGAUGCCCUUCCAAUACCGCGCAAACACUCUCGAGGACACCACGUACGAAAUCCCACUGCAUAACGAUGACAUUGUGACCCGCUCCACCUCGUCCAUCCCCUGUAGCACUCCAGUCCGCCAGCCCUCGCCCGAGGUCCCAAACCGCUCUCAAUGUGUCAGCCCCGCCUCGGAUAACUGGAUUGCCUAUUCUUCGCGCUCCGCUUCGCCAGUCGAGGAUGCUAAAAACGAGCACCCGGCUCCGCGCGAAUCAUCAUCGGUUUACAGCCGCGCUGAAACACCGGCAUCAGCAAACGGCAUGAUUGACUGGAUGAGCCUGGCGCAGAAGUACGGCUGGGACAUCAGCGAGACCAUCUCCGAGGAUCUGCGCGGCGAGUACGAAUCCCUCGCGAUGCACGAAUACUAUGGCACCGAAGACGACUCGCACAACGUACGCAAGAACGGCCUAUACGACCACGACCAUGACAGGGACGAGGGUGAUAUUGGCGACCACCGCAUCAACAUCUUCCAAGACCACCACGACAGCGAUGACGACUCCAUAGCCGAAACACUCAAGGUUAACCCGCUCGCCCUCAACCCGCCAACCCCGCAGCCCAUCCUCCCCGAGUCCACGCCCGAAAUCAAAAAGACCCCAUCCCGCAUGGUCCUCGGUGAUAUCCCUAACCUCUCGCCCACUCCGACAAAGACAAAAGUGCCCCCUCUCGACACCUCGGAAAAGGACGGCCACUUCUACGGCGAAAUGGACGGUAAAGCCGGCCUGCGCAACGUUCUCGGUGCAGCGGCUCCCGUACAAUCACCCUCAACCAAGAAAACAAAGCUCGUCAAGCGCAAGACAGACAAACACUCCUCCUACGGUCCCCUCAAGCACGUUGACGAAGCCGAAGAAUACACCACUCCAAUGGCAGCCCUCGACCCCAACGCCUCAGAAGGCGAUCGCAAGGGCCGCGUAGUCAGUAACUCCGGAGCGGACUUUGCCCGUCGCGGCGUGCAGGGCUCGUCGUAUGGGAACUAUAUCGCCGGUCUGGGUGUGGGACGGCGACGAGACGUUAGUGGGAAGAUGGCGGAGGAGGGUCGAGGUGGGAUUGAUAUGAUGAAGUCUACUGGUGGAGGUGGUGGGAUUGCGAAUGGGAGUGCGCCUACCAGUGUCGGUGCCAGUCCGAAUGCGAAAUCCGGCUCUUCGUCGCCGAUUCGCGCAGCGGGAUGGGCGAGGUUUGCGGGGCUUUGA